UGCUUCACCUCGAUGUGUAGUCAUUGGGCAUCAAUGCACAAAAUUGACGUUAAAAGCAUGAACAAUUUUAGGGGGGUUAUAUUCUAAAUUUAUUCUUGAAAAGGUGGUGUUCGAUAUUUUCUGACCUCAAGUAGUUUUGAAUAAUCGGCAUGGGUAUCGUCGAAAACGUAAACAAUGCGGCUAACUUUAUGAAAGUAGCACCUGGAAAAAUUGGAUACAAUUCGGAAAAGAUCAUAACACGAUACAUCUCGAAGACAAAUGAAAGCAUAUCUGGAUAUUCAUCAAUUCUGCAGUCCUUAGCACGAGACAGUAAGAAUCUUGUCGCACGGGAAAGCUUGAAAGAUAUAGAAACUGAACUUCAAGUCGCCCAAUGGAUAGAUUAUUCCGUUCUUUUCGUUUCACCGGCAGCUAGAGAUAAACAUGUUGCCAAAGUGUUAUUAGACGAACUCAACGAAUAUCUUGGGACACGUUCAUAUUUGGUCAACCACACCCUCACGCUUGCCGACAUCGUUGUGUUCUAUUCUAUCCAAGACACGAUGGUAGAUCAAUUUCAUGAAUUAAAUUCUUAUUCACCCCUAUUCUACAUUCCGCCGGAUUUGCAUUCCGAUCGAAACCAUCAUUUCGUUCGAGUUAUAAUUUCGUAUUCCCUAUUUCGAACGUUUUGCCCAUUUAAUAUUGAAAGAGUAACAGAUCGAACGAAAUGCAAAAACAACUCGAACGGAAUACAGAAUGGAAUUUUAUCAACUUAAUUUACAGUCUCUAGAAAAGGAAAACUAUCUGAACGUUUCUCGUUGGUUCAACCAUCUGCAGCAACAGAAAGCAAUUCGUCAAAGUGAGAGUUUGAUCAACUUUUCGACAUUACAUCUACUGGGAUGGGCAACCGGAACACACGUUUAAUGCGAAUAAAAAGUUAUUUCAGCUAAA